AUGGAUACCUAUGGAAUCGAACCCUUUGAUGCAAAGGAUCAACGAGGAAACGGUAUCGCAGUGGGAUUCAAUUUUCGCGGUCUUUCUGUCUUUAAAAGCAGUCAGCAGGUUAACUUCUUCCGAUGGGAGUCAAUGAUAUGUUACGAUUGCGAUAGGCGAAACGUUGUUAUUACCAUCAAAACACGUGAUGCGAAAAAGAAAAUUGGCUUCAAAUGCGACAGCAGAGCGAGUGCAAUGCAGUUGUAUAGAAGACUUAAAGAAGCCUCCAGAUUCUUUUCACCAGAAAACGUGGAAGGUAAAUCCGAUGUGGAUAAACCCCCUAAAUUCGCAAACCCCACUUUCGCCAAGUCGACUGAAUCAAUGAACUCCGAAUCCACCAACCCAGCAAAUAAUCAUACCUGCCAAAUCAGACAUUUACCAUCUUCAAUGCGUCCCCCGCGCCUCUUCUCCCUCUCACUUUGCGGAGAUUCAGCAAAAUCCUCUCUCAAUCUAAGUCCACAAUCUUUUGGCGGCGUUUCUAACGCGUCGACACCAACGAACCAAACUGAUCGUCUACACACCCCAGAGGUGGAUGGCGAGUCUACGACUCCCACGCCCAGCCAUCACGGCGAUUUUGAAACUGAAAUUUCCGAUGCCUCUGCUACUAAACGUAGGAUUGCUAUCACAAAUAUGAAUCCAUUCGAAGGCGAAUCCAAAGAAUAUAGUGGCGAAGAGAGGCCAAAAUCGGAAAUAUCAACUGGUUCAAACAAAGCAGAACAGAUUGAGCAUAAGUUCGAUCAAAUUUCUAAAGAAGGGGAAAACGCGCCAACAGGGAAGGAAAUUUGCAACAAAGAAUCCGUGGUAGCCAUUCAAGUUGAAGAAUUUAGAGAUGAUGAUGAAGACAGGAAAGAACGGGGACAAGAUUCUCUUUCAAAACUUAAGUCGUCGUUGGAUUUCUCAUCUCAAGAGAGCCUUGCAAAAUACAACUCACCGUUCGGUGAUUUCACCAAAUCCAAUUUAUUUCGAGCAAAUAAUCAGAAUAGACUGGGCGUGAUGAAUUUUGAAAUGUCCGCAUCAACAUCGUCCAUCACCAUUCCUACAACGGGAAAUACUGCUGCUCAAAUAGCUCAACAGUUAUGGGCUAAGGAGUUUGCUAGCUCCUCGGUAGUAUUUCAGAAGGAGACUCCGAUUAUCCGAAGACCGAGAUUAAUUUCGAAAAUGCGAGCUUUCAGUCAUUUCUCGAAACUGUGGGGCUGA